AUGGAUUCUCCUAAGAUGUGGAAGGUGUGGCACAGGAGCAUGAAAAAAUCAGUUAUAGCGUCCAAUUUUGACGAACUUGUCACUAAAGCACUGGAUAAACUGCAACAGAGCAGAGACCAACUCUUGAACAUCCAGCUUGAGGAUGGUACAGAGGUAGAAGCUGAUGUAUUUCCAUAUUUAUCAAAUUCGGAACCUCUACAUUUUACCUUUGCCACUGAAAAUAGAAGCCCGAGCCCAAACUUUUCAUAUAGCAGUCCUAGCAUGAGCCCAGGCUUGCCAGAUGACGACUUCUCUAGCGUUGAUGACAUUCAACAUGACUGCGAUUAUUCUGCUGACUUCUCUCCACAUCACUCUUCACCGAUAUCAACAAAGAUACCAAACCUUGAGAAACCAACGUCACCGAUACCCUCCACAUCAAUGUCCAACUUGACAUCAAAGGACUCUAAUAGCUCAGGUGGAAAUCAACUGGACACCAAGAAAAUAAUAAAACAAGCAACACUCAACAGAUAUAUUCCUGGAGCAUCUCCUCCUCCAGCAUCUCCACCACCUACCACUUCACAUCAUAGAGACCGGGCACGCAUUUUGUCAGAGGAUGGAAGAAAUUCACAGUACAAGGCUGUGAAUGAUGCCUGUCAGGCCAUAUUUGACAAAAAUCCAGAAAUUCUGUAUCAAAAUGGAGGAAAAGGGAAGUUGUUGGAAAUGGGAAGGGCUGAGGUGGAAAAUUCUUAUGAAUUUAGGAAAGGGUACAGUCAGGGCAAGAAGCAAAAUAUUAAGUCGCCUGAAAUGAGACAGUGGAAUGUCAUCACAAUUUGGUUCUUGGAGGCAUGAAUGGUGAUACAUGUACAUUCAAUAAAAACAAGAUCUGGUAUAACAAAAAACAAGAACUAAUCAUGUACAUGAACUACAUUUAUGUACUUUUUGAAAAUGCAGGAAUUUGGGUUCAUGUUGUUCCCAUAUAGCAUGCAGCCAUUGAGUCACAUUUGGUGAUUUUAAGAAACUGGUUUCUAUACCAUAGCUAUAUCCUUUUCUUGGUGUUACUUUGAAAAGAAAUUGAUUCUAUGGCAAUCAUGGGGGGUUCUUCGGGAGAGGGCACUUACUUUUGAUGUUGAAUUUAAUACUACAUAAUUAUAUUGCACCUAUACCUUUUUUGUGUACCAGUUCUUGUAAGUUUACAAGUAAAAGUUCUUGAUAGAUUCAUUAGAUUGAAAGCAUUUUCUCAUAAAUAGUCAAAUUAACUGCCACAAAAAGAUGUUGAGACUCUUCAAAAUUUAAUCUAGAAACCAUGCCGCAUUUGAUAUAAAAACAUUUCAUUCGCAUAAUGUGGUAAUACCUUGUCUAAGUCGACCUCGCAUAAGUCAAAUAAUCGCCUAAGUCGAAGGUCUUUUCAAGUCCUCUUCUCUUUACAUUCUAUUGUUUUUACCCCUCAUAACUUGAAUUCUCUCUAAGUCAAAGCUAUUUCUUCAGUCCCAACAGAUUCGACUUAGGCAAGGUUGACUCAACAUUUCGGUGCUUCAAAAAGCACGGUAAAGGUUGUUUUAAGGAAAUUAUGCUAAUUAACUGAACAAAGUGCAAUUUCAAAAAUGGUUUAUAAUUAAGCUACUCACAUGCUGCUUUUUAAGGGCUCAUUGCCCCAUGACAAUUUGUGAGUGUUGGCAUGUGAUCAGUACAGUUGUGUUUUAUUGAAAAGAUGGGCACAUUCAGUGAGAGUCUUUGCAACUUUUGGAUUUUUACCUUUCAUUUGAUAUUCAAAAUGGUACAAAGUGGGUGUAUUACAACACAUUGGACUAGAGCCAUCAAAAAGUGCAUGACAUUAUCUUGUCUCUUUAAGCAAUUAAGUUUCUAAUGGGUACAGGUUCAAUUCAGAAAUUUUACCUUAUCUUUAUAGUGUCUCAAUAAUUUUUUGGUGUUGUUUCGAUGAUAAAUAGAGACUAGCUUUAAACUUUGCUCUGUAGAAAACUGAUACAGACUUAUGUAAUUAUUUGAGAAAUUAUCAAAACAGAUGAAUAAAGCCUUAAUAUGAAUGUUUGAAUUAGGUGUUCAAUGUAAUUUCUUGUUUGUGACUUUAGUGUUUUUGUGGCCAUUUAGUUUAAUACAUUUGUUUGCAUAUAGUAGGCUGAUGUCACAGGAAAAAUUACGUUGGAAAUACAGAAUACACUUGUAUGUAGAACAUUGCAAAUUGAAGUUGCAGAAGCGUGCGCAUGGGUUAUUUACACUCAAUUUAGAUUUUUAGUCAAGAAAUAUAUUUGCAAUGGGUUUUUCAAUUUUAAUCUGCGCCUGAGCCCUUUACAGUGAAACCUGUUUCAAGUUUGGUGGGGGGGGUACAAAGUAGUUUGCCCAAUUGUGUUUGUAAAUGUUUUUAACCUAAUGCCAAAACCACUUCAGACAGCAAUUAAAAAAGUUAUAUAUAAUGAUUAGAGUGAUUUGAGACAUGAUGUGGUAGUUUUAACUAUCACAUAGCAUAAACAGAACCGUCGGGAUAUUAUGAUACACGUAUAAAACAAAUGGGCCCUGCCUAUAAUAGCGUAAUAGUAAAAAAUUAUAAUUUGAUCAAAUUUUGCCUGUUCUGUUUCAAUAGGAAAAGUCAAAGUUUGAGCUCAUUAUAUAUAUUUACUAUCACAUUCUUAUAUCAGUCAUUCAUAUUAUUCAAUUUAAUUGUUAUUGAUAUGGGCAAAUUCACAAAUUCCUCAUUCUGUUGCCCCAACAUACUAUUGUGUCAGUCCUCAUAAUUAUAGAUAUUAAUAUGAGCACACACACACACACUUGUCCUCA